AUGGUCGCGCCCAAGAUGGAACAAGUUCCUCUGUCGGCGCUCUCUCUGUGCAUAUCACCUUGCAUCACCGCGAAAACCAAAGGCCUGACAGACUAUGUCAUUCGUUAUCAUCUUUAUUCAUUGGUUCGCAAAGUCGACGUCCUAUGCAAAGCGUUGGACGAGCUUCGGCUCUCCGCAGACAACCACAAGCUGAGCGGUCAUACUCAGAUCUACCUCAAAUUCGUCAACCUGGCGCCCGUACUUACCAUGAUUGCCGCGAACGACAUAAAGAGACUUAGCUGGUGCACCACGGUCGAUACCGUCCAGGUCCCUCAAUUUACUUCGCAAUGGAGACCCACGGCAGUGACGACCUGUGAGGUGGUCAACUACGGCAUCUUAGUGACUUGGGCUAUUUAG